GGAAACAGUAGAAUUCAAGGACAGAGACAAGAACAGAGUUGCCGCGAAGUUCUAAAUUCGGGGAAUAUAGAAUUCAUGCGAAAGGCAUAGCAGCAGAGACGAUGGUUAUCUCUGCUGGUGAGUGAGGUCCGCUCACGAGUUACCAGAAGUUUAGAGGGAUGAAAAGAGAUGACGACAGAGGCUAAGCUUGAGAGAAGGCUAAGAGAGAGAGAUGGUUGAGAGAAAUGAUCGAUGAGAGAAUAUAAGUCAGUCGAGUGAUGGUAACGAACGUGAGCGGAACUUGCUGUGCUGCCGCAUCGAUUUUAUUAAAUGACAAUGGAGGAAACUACUGGCCAUAUAACGGGGAUUACGGCUCUUACUACAUCAGAAGUGGGAUCUCCUCCGCCACAAGGGCAAAGUUCCACUCACUAUACGUCAGCGCUGGAGGAGCAAAACAAAAACCUCAUGGAAAUCAUAAAGGCCAUGCAGGCGCCAAGAACUUCGGCGUCAGACGGGAAAACCACGCAUGUGACACUGCCCAAAUUUAAUCCCGAUGGUGCGGGAACAGAUGCAACAGCAUGGUGUACUACGGUCGACUUAAUCUUCGCAGACAACGUACUUGAAGGCAGCGCACUGGUAAUAGCACUAAGCAAAGCGCUGGAAGGCAGUGCUUCACAAUGGCUGUCACAGGUAUGCUUUGCUGGCAUCACCUGGACCCAAUUCAAGGAACUGUUCAUCCAGCGAUUCGUGGGAAUUGAGACAACGGCUGCUGUACUGAUUAAUGUUUUAAAUGGACAUCCCAGAUCUGGAGAAAGCUUUGCUGAAUAUGGAAGUCGCAUAGUUACGCUAUUACUAUCCAAGUGGAAAUCUACGGAGCUGGAAGAGAUUGCGGUGUCAAUAGCGUUAGCACACAUGACGCAAAUUGACAAUAAUUUGCUGCGUUGGGUUUUUACAACCAGCGUAACGACACGUAAUGAACUACAGCGGCAGCUGCAGGCUUACGCCUUCAAGAAGCGUAAAAACGAAAUUGAUGAAUCUUCGUCAAGUUUGGACAAGAAAAAACCACGAAUGCAGUCGCAGGUAAAAUGUCAUAGUUGUGGAAAAAUUGGCCACAAAUACGCUCAAUGCCGCGCUCGUAUGGAGAGCUCAUUCUCAACAAAAGGAAAGAACUACAGUGGAAGCAGCGUUUCUGGAGGGAAGGAGCGAUCAAACAUAAGAUGCUACAAGUGCGGUGAGGCUGGACAUAUUGCUACUGUAUGCCCCAGAGGUAGCACCAGUGGAAACGGCGAGUACAAGGAGAAGCGCGUGGACAUAUGUCAAGUUCUUCAGCCUAAGGGCUUAUUCUAUCAAAGGGGUGAGAGCUUUCCAUUUUUUUUGACUCGGGUGCCGAGUGUUCUUUGA